AUUCAGUUAAGUACAAAGGCGUAUGUACCAAACGAAACUGUUUAGACCUCAUGAGGACUCACACCUUGGGUGUGAAAAAGGAUAUAAACACGCUAAGGUGAGUAUUCCCUUUUUCCUACUUGUCAAAACAGGCUGUACAGAUGCAUUAAUAUUGCGUCUAUUAGUUCCCGCCUGGAUUAGCCUUCAAUUUCUUCACUAGCUUACGCCCAGUGUUAGCAUUGUCGGGACGCCUAAUUUAGUGCCAAAAAACGUUUUCACUAAGAUUCUGCCGUUCGCUGGUAUAAUGAAAUUGAAAAUAUUAUCCUCGAAUUUUUGAAGCCGCCACAAUUUUGUACUCAAGGUAAUGAAUUUGAAUUUCAGUUUCUCCUCUUUGCUUUGCGAAGGUAGUAUUACCCUUGAAUUAGCCAAUCAGCGAGUGCAAUCCGAUAUGGAUCGGUUUCACACUCCAGCUUUGUCAUAAUGGACUAAAAUAGUGGUAAAUGUUGUGGUCACAAACUUAGCAUAAAUAUAAUUGAGUCAAAUAUGUCCGUCUGUGGACUAGAAAUCAAUCCGUUGUUGUAUGCACACUAAAUACAUUUGAGCUCUUAGCUCAAAAGCAGAUUCACGAACUCAACAGGCAAGUUUACUUAAGUAUCUAUAGAUGUUGAUUCGGACUUCCUUCCCCUGCUUUCGAAAUUGAAAUAAAUUAGCGCAUGUCGCAAAAAAAGGGGCCAUAACUCUUCUCAGAAGGGGAAACCGCUUUCAAUUAGAUGAUAUUUCUUUAAAAUAUUUCCUCCCCAUUCUUUUUUGUUAAUUACUCUAAAAGUCAGAAUUUGAUAUGAAGGUCCAUUGGUUUCGCAGCCAGCCUUGUCCACUUCCAAAACAGAAUCAUCAUUUUUACUUCGUACGAGGCUCACAUUUUUGUAGGAGAAAUUGACGAAUGGCGAAAUUUACAACCGGGACCCGGGUGGUUUGCGCUCACUCCCUACUGGACGACUUGGGAGAAAUAAAAGGACCUUAAAACAGCCUGUUACAGUCACCGACGGAGGCGAGUGAAAGAAAGGACGCGAAAUAAUCGGCGGUUGUGGGUGUCAGGCUUGAAAAGAACCACGAAUUAUUUUUCUUUGCGUUAUACCUGCCACCAAGUUCCGCGCGCACACUUUGUCGCUUGUUUCCUUUAAACUAAGAGUCUUCCGCAAGCUUAACUCAAGCACGAGUAGAUUUCUGUUGUCUUGAAUGAAGAGCAUUAUGGCCCCAUUCAGCAAUAAACCAACCUAAGUAAGCUUAUUGUAUAUGGAAAUAUUUGAACUGGUUUUCAAUGACCAGCGAUGGAUAUUAAGACUAAAUCGACUUAAAAUUAAAGGAAAAUUUUACGUUGACACAAUUCUCUCUUUUGCAUUUGAAGAAAAACCUUUAUUUUCAAAUUCAUCGCGCAAAAACUGUUUUAAUCUUGGCUUUCCUUAAUCAUUCCUGUUUCUUCUUGAUCAUUUCAUAUCUCUUUUUGUGUUCAGUUCGUCCGCUCCGGCAUUUACUGGGGAAAUAUUUUACUCAGCUUAAAGUGAUUGAAACUGUCUUGAAGCAACUUCUUCACAACACUAUCUUAAACGAGUAUGGACAAACAGCAAAGAGGAACUAGUGAACAGGAAAGAACUAAAGACUUCCUUUCCACGAAAGAUUAUGUAAUAGUCCGGAAAAUUACAAAAAAAAAUUGAAAAAAUUAAGGAAAUUUUAAAUUAAGUUCGGCUCAUGAAAAGUUUGGCGUCUCAAAUAAUAAGGUUAAUGGCAGACAAAAUUACAACGAGUGGCUGAAAAAUAACGAACUUGAGAAUUUUCCCAGAUAAACAGACCGUGAUGUAUGUCGUGAACCAUCCACGCUGUUUCGUAAAGGGCAGCUACAUAUACCGUAAGAAACCGUAUAAAAACACGUGCUCAGUCAAUGCAGUACUUAUUAAUUAUUGGUGAAGUUUACAGAUAGGUUAGUGUUUGAAGAUUUUUCCAGACGCUGUUUUCUCAUAAUAAUUAUUUUUAUGUUUACAGUGAUACAGUUACAAAGUACCUGCAGCUAAGCGAUGACAUGGAGGUUCGGUGUCUAAGACUGUGGAGACGAGAAGACCAGCGGGGAGAUAUCAUUGGACAACACAAGGUCUGGUUGAAAAUUCAAGGUACUUACUUCAUUAAACACCCAAUUGAGCACACGUGCCAUUUUGCAUGCUGCAGUUCUUAGAUUUUUCUUAUUUCUGAUACUGAGCAUUAAAAAAAAAAUUACUACUCAGGGUAAAUUUUGAUUCGUCUCGAGCAAUGUGUGGUUGAAACUAACUUUUAAUGCAUGCCAAUACAAACACCUCCAAAUGAAAUUCCUUAAAAAUGGGAAAUGGUUUAGGCAAAAAAAUUAGGAAAAAAUAUUCCAUAUGAAAGUUACCAUCGAUAAUCUAAAAGUAACAGUAUAUUUUAACGACAAAGUAACAUAGAUAGGUGCAUGCACACAUCAGUUCUGCCAUUAAGUGUACCUUCGAUCAGCAUGUGUAUUUCAAAAUCUCUGCGUGGGAAAAUGAUAAGACUGUGGUUGUUUCGAAACAACGAUAAAAGUGAUAUAAACAAAAGUGGUAAAACUCAAAGAAUUUUUUAAAAAUAAAAUUUGCCUUUGACAAGUUCGUAAUACCAACAUGAUCGUCAUCUCCGUAACGAGGAAUAUUCCUAUAUAACAUUUACAGCACUUGGUCAUGCUGCGCCCAGUCACCUCGAUAAAGAAGCAUCAUUUUUCUUCGGCAGUGCCAUAUUUUAUUUCACCGACGGAAUCUUGCCUAUAGCACGAUACGGCUUUUUCUUUUAAAAGGAAGAAAUAUUUUCAAUGUUUUUGCACAGUAUCAUUUCAACAACGAACCUCACACAUCGUUUCGCUUCAGCACGUGUUUUCUCACAAAAGCCGCCAUAGUGUUUAGGGAAGCAGUUUUCCCAAAAAGCUUUCAUAAAUAUUUAACCAAAAAUUAUGCUAUUGUUGCACCUGCGGUUUUCCAAGCACAUGGAGCGGUCGCUCACAUACAGUGGAGACGAACUGACUGGGGCUGCCAAAUUAGAAAAUAGCAAUAUCAAUCAGCCCCCCCUUAUAGCCAUUCUUUUAAGUCAGUCAAAAGAUUUCUGGAUCCCUUCCGUAUUACAAUGUCGUAUCGACCGCGUGCAGCAACUUGAGUGACAUGGAUUUCAAAGAUAUUUGAGUUUUUUUUUCUUCACACAAUUAGUAGUCACGUAUAACUCCGUGAGAGUAUUGAUAAAUUUUAAAGUUGCAUGUGUUUGAAAAUAGAAUUGUACUCUUCACUAUCAAACUCAGGAAACCGUGAGCGCGAAAAUAUCCAGGGAAUAUUGUUGUUUUCCCAUGGAAGAGCCAAUUAGGCGUGGGAAAAAUGAAAUAUUCUUGCAAAUAAAAAUUUCCUUUGAGUACCUUUGUUACAUCCCUUCAACAAAAAAAAAUAUCCAAAAAUAAUUUGAGAGAUCUAAUAAAUUGUUCAUGUUGAAAUCCCUCAUAUACGAAGAAAGUUAUAUUCUAAAGAGCCUUAACAAAACUUUUAACUAAUUCAUGAUAGUGGCUAUUAAAUAAUUUUGUUGUUUAAGUAUUGUAUUAUUGAGUUAGUCAUCGAGAUCUGCGAAAGAUAACGUUCUCAAAACUUAAACAAAAAUAUAACAAACUACAUUUAGCAGUUCUAUAUGCCCUUAUCGCAUUUUCCAUAACGGUUUCUGUACUUCAUGGAAAGACAGACCAUAAGAUGAAAACACACAAAACUACGUUGGUACCUUACCAUCUGAGCAAGACAAAAUGUUCUUUACAGCUCCAUAAGUGGAAAGUAAAAAGACAUAUUUUUAAGAUCGUUUAAAUUUGAUUAACGCUGUUUGUCAUACUCUUAUGAAAAUUCUUCUGGCUUGAGUAGUAUUGUAGAACGCUCUUCAAACGUUUUGCUCCACAAGGCCUGUUUCUUCACCCUUUCUUAUACAGCCUUUUCCCAAAAAAAAAGUUCCGUUCUUGAGCCGUUAGAAACUCUUUACGGUGGCAAAUUUACAUUACCAACUCGGUUGAUGGAAACAAAUUAUCUUGUUAUACAUUCCCACUGACGCAGCACCAGAGUUUCUUCAGAAACGUACCCCUUUUACCCAAAAAGCUGCAUGAAAUAUUUAACUUAAAAUAGUGCUAUUGUUGUAAUCGCAGGUUUAAAGUGUUUGGAACUACCUGCAGGUAACAGAGCCCAUAAACGAAGCGUUUGAAGAC